AUGUCCCUUCUACGAGAAGCGGAGAAGUGUCUGGUCAAUCAACAUAAGCACACACUCAAUGCAUUCAUAACACCACUUCCCCGCACAGGGAAAUGGCGCGAGCAGGUAGCGGAAGCAGACCAACGUCGCGAAAGAGGCACUACCAAGUCCGCUCUUGACGGCCGCCUGAUCGCCGUCAAGGACAAUAUCUGUACUCGCAACCUACCGACAACAUGCGCCUCGGGGAUCCUUGAUAAAUUCACUAGCCCGUUCAAUGCCACCGUCGUUGACCAGCUGGAGGCCGCUGGAGCUGUCAUCGCAGGUAAAACCAAUCUGGAUGAAUUUGGAAUGGGGUCUCACUCGGCAUACUCCAAGUUUGGGGCCGUCAAAAAUGUGCGACAAGAUCGAGAAGGACAAGAACUUUCCGCUGGCGGAAGUUCAGGUGGAAGUGCAGUCGCCGUUGCUGCGGAGCAGUGCUACGCUGCUUUAGGGACAGACACUGGUGGCUCGGUCAGACUUCCAGCGGCAUACACAGGGACCGUUGGGUUUAAGCCUUCCUAUGGGCUACUCUCACGUUGGGGCGUGGUGGCAUAUGCGAACUCCCUGGAUACAGUCGGAAUUCUAGGAAGAACAACUUCAUCUGUGAGAGAUGUAUUCUCGACCUUGAACCAACAUGACCCGCGCGAUCCAACCAACGUUACCUCGACUUCGCGUUCUCGAAUUCUUUCCCACCUACAAAAUCCAGCUCUCGCAUCUCGAUUAACCCGAACCGCACUCCGCAUCGGUGUCCCGCUAGAUUACAACAUCUCGGAACUCACCCCAUCCAUCCGCCAAGCAUGGCACUUGUCCCUCGCGCAUCUUGAAAGCCAAGGACACACCAUCCAUCCAAUCUCCUUGCCAGCCACCAAACACGCGCUCUCCGCAUAUUACGUGCUCGCCCCAGCAGAAGCAUCUUCCAAUCUCGCCAAAUACGACGGUGUUCGCUACGGAACUCGUGCCGAGGGACCUGACAGUGACGGGCAGCCAGAAAGCUAUCUGUACGCUGAUACCCGUGGCCAGGGCUUCGGCGCCGAAGUACAGCGCCGGAUCCUGCUCGGGACAUUCAGUCUCAGCGCGGACGCAAUGGACAACUACUUCAUCCAGGCCCAACGCGUGCGACGACUCGUCCAGCAUGAUUUCAAUUCUGUCUUUGCCGCAGCGCAUCCGUUCGCGUCCAAAUGUGAUAUGGAGACCACGCCUUCGCGGACAGCGGAUGUAGAUGUCAUUGUCUGCCCUACUGCGCCGUCAUCUCCGCCGCGACUGAGUGAAAUUUUGGAUGGCCGGUCACCUCUGGAUGCUUAUGUGAACGAUGUGUUUACCGUCCCAGCCAGUCUGGCUGGAUUGCCUGCGAUCUCCGUGCCUGUGACAGUCUCUGCGUCUGAAAAGGAUCUGAGGUCAGACAAUCUGGCAGGGAUCCAGAUCAUUGGACAGUAUGGUGACGACGAGCUGGUGAUGAACGUUGGUGAAAUAUUAGAGAACCAGAGACUGGACAGCCAGGUAUAG